ACUGACCAUGCAUAGAUAAUUCGGUUAAGAGUCUUUGUUCGAAGUUUGAACGUUCAUUGCCCAGCUCAUCUCCUUCGUACUUCAUCAUGGCUUUUGCACCAAAGCCUGGGUGUCCUAUGUGUGGGAUCGUAGCCACUGCAGCGGUUCAUCCCUCUGGCCAGUCCCCAUGUUCACCCAAUUGUCCAGACGCGCCAGCAGAGCCAGAAGUACUCUGGAGAGACGAAAAUUUUACUGCAUACCGGGAGAAAGCUCAUCCAGUAUCUUCCAGUGGUCAUAUAAUCAUAGCAUUCAAUCUCCAUGUUCCAUCGAUAUACACCCUGUCUUCUAGUGACUUGCCCCUUCUUGUCAAUGUUAGAAACCUUGGCAGGAAGCUUUUGAGCGCGUCGCCACCGCGGCUCUCCCUUUUUACAUCUGGCAAUAACUCCGCACCCUCGGCGCCUCCACAAUAUGCCGAAUCCCAGUUUCGGAUCGGCUUCAUUACACCGCCUUUCAAAGAUAACAAGAUUCCUAUCACAGACCAUCUUCAUGCACACGCCUACCUGGCCCCUGCCGAUCUGCUAGGCUGGUGGAGAGGUGUUGCAUACGGUCCUCUCGCUUGGUAUGCCAUUGAUGAUUUGAUUGCUGAGAUUCGGGAGUCAGUCUCGAACAAUCGCGUGAAAUCUGGUUACGAUAAUCGGAUAAAUCCCCCGAUAGACGCAGUUCCCGAGGCGGGCGCGCGGACUGGUGCAGCCAAUGGCGACGAAUAUACUGCUUCGAGUCUAGCCAUUCCUGACAUUGAAGAUGGCCUUGCAUCCCCAAGCUCUUCUAAUACCUCCUUUGCUUCCAAUUCCAGUGGUCAUAUACCCCAUUUACACGUAUGACAAACGACAUCAAUUUCCAUCCUGAAGUACCGGAUAUAUUUCACGUAUAUAGCAGGUCCUCGGACUAUACUCACAUCACGGACGACUGAACUUUGUUGUGUAUGGAGUAUUGGAAUUUGCUUUCUCUAGCCUACUUCUAUACAAUUCAAUGUGUAAAUAUUCAACAUCAAUGAGAUUUGCUCUGUCAUGAUCUGCAAAAUAGAUUUCGGAUUUCAAAGAUUAAGCAUCUG